GUCUAGCUGACAACUUUUCUGAGAAGAGACCAUUUUGUAUUAGAGGAAGCAGUAUCUCUCUUGGAUGUGCUAACAACAUAGUUCUGAAAUAAAAAGGACUUAGAAAGAGCUGGCUAAAUUAGGCAAGGAGCUACUAGACUUGCUGAAGGAGGUCACAAACGGAGAAUAUAUGGCUGCUUCACCGAUAGCACUGGAAUGAACGUUCUCUAACUGCCCAGGGGAGAAAAAAUGGAUUCGAGAAACAUUCCCUAUCGUUCAGAGGUGGUUACGUGGAGCCCAGAUGACUUAGCAGAAUAUUUUAAGACGUUGAAGUAUAAGGAUUGUGAGAAAGUUGUGAGAAAGCACAGUAUAAAUGGACAAAGGUUUUUGAACAUGUCUGAAAAUGAUAUCCAGAAAUUUCCCAAACUCAGAGUGCCCAUUGUGAGUAAACUAAGUCAAGAAAUAAACAGGAAUGAAGGAAGGAUAUCUUUCUUCCCAAAAUGGGGCCAAACACAAAAGAGUCCUGAAAAUUCAGGAUACAGUCAAGAAGACGAUGGCUGGUCUUCAUUUGAUGAAGAUGAUGACUAUGAAAGCCCUGAUGAUGACCAGGAAAAGGAAGAUGAUGCUGACUAUGAAUCACCAACAGAAGAAACUGAGGAAGCAGAACAUGACAGUGAUGGCUACGAGCCACCUCCAUCCAAUAAUGAUGAAGCUCACCACAACGUCAUAUUUCCUGCCAAGUCACUUGCAAACAACACAGACUAUAUAGACAGGCCUCCAACAGCCAGAUCGUCACAUCAGCCUCCAGUACCACCCCAGCGGCCCGGCCCGGCCCCAGCACCAGCCUCAUUUGGUGGAAGAGGUGCUUCUCUGCCAGCUUUCCCUCCUCUACCAAGCAACAAUGACAGAAAUAUCAAGCCUUCAAAACCCCCAGCUCCUUCUAUAGACAGAAGCACGAAACCCCCACUGGAUCGCCUUGCUCCACCAUUUGAAAGAGAAAGCCCAGUACCAGGGAGAAAGCCAGGCUAUCCUGAAAAGCUUCUGGCUCCACAGCUAAGAGCCCUGGGAGAACAGCUAGCAAUGAUGCCAAAACCUCCUGUCCCACCGAGUGACAGACAUGACAGAGGAAAUCCACCUCCUCUAAGGAAGCAAAUCCCCGUAAAGCAGGGUUGGGCACAACAGAAAAGGCCUGAAGAAGAAGAAGACAACACACCGCAAAGAGCAGUGCCACAGAUAUCUUUGCCCCCAUAUGUCUCCAAUACAUUCCCAUCAAAACCUAUCAAGCCUCCACCUAAGCCAGGAUCCAACAGUAUGCCUGGUGCAGAAAGCUCUAGAAGCCUGUCUGCAAGUGGCUCCCUACCACCUCGCUUUCCCCUAGGCAACAACAGCAGAUCUCCUUCAAGAGGCACAGCUGAUCUAAGACCUCCAUUGCCCAUUCCCAGCAGACAGACCGCUCACCAGACAAACACGGAGGAGGAUGAGGAUUCACUAAAUGAUGAAUGGUAUGUUGCUUAUAUUAGUCGGCCAGAAGCAGAGGCAGCACUUCGAAAAAUCAACAAGGAUGGAACUUUCUUAGUAAGAGACAGCUCAAGAAAAACUACCACUCAUCCAUAUGUUUUGAUGGUGUUGUACAAGGACAAAGUAUACAACAUCCAGAUUCGUUACCAGGAGCAAGAUCAGACAUAUUUGUUAGGAACUGGCUUAAAAGGAAAAGAGGAUUUUUCUUCUGUAGCACAUAUGAUUGAUUACUUCCAAAGAACGCCUCUUCUUCUGAUUGAUGGAAAAGACAGGGGUUCAAGAAACCAGUGUGUGUUAACAUAUGCUGCAGGAAAUAUUAAAUGAGACCCUAAUGAAGACCAUGUACAGGAUCUAAGUCUAUCAAAAUCUAUAAACCUCAGGAUCUUCGUAUUUUCAGUGAACUAAAAUCAUGAAGAAGUCAUUAAAAAUACUUUCAAUUUUAAUGAAAAAAGGACAAUGUUUUCAUUUUUAAGUCAUUCCAUAAAUGUAGAACUCUGUAAA